ACUCUUCUCUUCUCUUUUUUUCCUUCUUCAUUUCCCCUUCCAUUCCUUCUUUCAUACCCAUGCGCACCACAUCUGUGUUUGGUAUCUUGAUUGCCCUGGCUGGCACUCAACAAUUGGCUUUUGCUGGCGAGUGUGAGAACGCGCCUUUCGGUCGCUGUGGCGGCGAGGGCUGGGAAGGCUCCGAGUGCUGCAAUGAGGGCUACGAAUGCAAGGUUCAGAACCCUUACUACUCCCAAUGCGUUCCUAUCGAUCAAUCCGGCUCCUCCUGUGCCCAGGCCUAUGGCCAAUGCGGCGGCAAGGCUUUCACUGGCGAGACCUGCUGUGUUUCUGGUUUCGAAUGUGUCAAGGCCAAUACUUGGUACUCGCAAUGCUUGCCCAAGUACCGUUGGGGAUCUUCCGAUGCCCCCGUCGAAUCCUCUGGAAACGAUAAGGAGGCUUCUAAAAGCGUCGAGCCCGUAGAGCCUAGCACUUCUGUUCCUCAGGUCGAGAAGCCUACCACGACCUCGACUACUACUACCACCACUGUCAAGGAGACCGAGCCCACGACCACCAAGGAGCACACCACCACAACCACCAAGGCACCUGAAACCACCACCACCACCAAGAAGCCCGAAACCACCACCACUACCACCACCUCGUCGAGCAGCAGCUCCUCGACUUACGCUCCCAUCUCUGGCGGUUCUUCCGGUGAUGGUUCGACCACUCGUUACUGGGACUGCUGCAAGGCCUCGUGCAGCUGGCCCGGCAAGGCUGAUGUUUCCUCACCUGUUGGCGUCUGUGCAGCUGACGGUGUUUCCUUGACUGACAACAACGAACAGAGCGGUUGCAACGGUGGCAGCGGCUACAUGUGCAAUGACAACCAACCCUGGGCUAUUAAUGACGAUCUCGCGUACGGUUUUGCUGCUGCUUCCAUUGCUGGCAAGGACGAAUCUGGCUGGUGCUGCGGCUGUUAUGAACUUUCGUUCACUUCUGGUGCUGUCGAAGGCAAGAAGAUGGUUGUCCAGGUUACUAACACUGGCGGUGAUCUUGGCAGCAACCACUUUGAUCUCCAAAUCCCUGGCGGUGGUGUUGGUAUCUUCAACGGCUGCCAAACGCAAUGGAACGCACCCUCUGAUGGCUGGGGUCAGCGCUAUGGCGGUCUCAGCUCUGCUUCUGGCUGCUCUGAUCUUCCCAAGGAGUUGCAAGCUGGCUGUGAAUGGAGAUUCAACUGGUUUAAGAAUGCCGAUAACCCAAGCGUCACCUUCAAGGAAGUCACCUGCCCAGCUGAGCUCACCAAGAAGACUGGAUGCUCGCGCUCGUAAAUUAAUACGACCGGAUCGUAUUGAAAUGAUGACGAUGAUAUUACCUUCAGUUAUAUCUAUCACAGUAUAGUCAUCAUUUAGAAAAUCCCCUUUACCUCUCCUUCCCAUAACAGAUAUUAUUUCUGCCCGAUUACACGCUUCCAUUAUCUACAAGCUUUUCUCCACAUUUUAACAAUAAACACAAAAUCUCAUAUAUUAAACACCACAAAAAGUCACAGAAGUCCUG